UCGGACAUGGAAUCUACCAUCGAGCAACGCUACGCGAUCAAAUUCUGCUUCCGCCUGGGCAAGAACACAUCGGAAACGUUUGCAAUGCUUCAGGAGGCCUUCAAGGAUGAGUGUUUGUCCUACUCCCAGGUGAAAAAGUGGUACAAGGCGUUCAAAGAGGGCCGAGAAGCGGUGGCCGACGAACCACGGUCAGGACGCCCGGUCACCUCCCGCAUUUACGAGAAUGUGCAGCGAGUGCGCGAUUUUUUGAACUGUAAUCGUCGGUUGAGUAUCUGCCAGGUGGCAAAUUCACUUAAUAUUCCGAAAUCGACAGUGCAUCGAAUCAUUUCCGAGGACCUAUCGAAGCGGAAGGUGUGCGCUAAAGGAGUACGGCCUGGGAACAAAAAGGCUGAGCGCGGAAUAGUAACAAAUCGCCGCGUCACUUCGACCGCAAAAAGGUCAAAUGAGCACAUCCAAGAAAACGACAAUGCUCCUGGUCUUCUUCGACGCCAAGCGGGUCGUGCAAAGCGAGUUCAUACCAAAAGGACAGCGAGCUAACCGCCGCAUUCUAUCCUUAAAUCCUGAGAAGACUGAAAAGAAAGAACUCAAGCAAGCGGAGUGCGACCAACGGCGACUGAAAAUUUCACCACGUCAUAGCGAUCCGUUACACCGUGUUCUUCAAGACCCGAUUUUUCCUCGGUGUGGUACAACGCGCAUCCUACAGCCCGUACUAUUCUCCGAUUGGGUGACUCGAAUGGAACCAAUGGAACAGCCUAACGAGACUUAGA